AUGAGACGAACUAUGGAGUCAGUUGCAGCCGAACGUUUAAGCAAAAUCGGUCAAAAUCCAGCAAUCGUUAGUACACGUGCUGAUCUGAAAGCUGAUUUGAGUUUGGUCAAGGAAAUUGUCAGUUCAGUGGUUGAGUCUGAAGGCGAAGAAUCAGAUGAUGACAGUAAAGGUACUGAUGAUGGCAGAAAGGAAAAGGAGGAGAGGGCUAUGAACCGAAUUCGGAGAGUGAUUCAUUUGGCAAAAUCCAGAAAGAAACACUUAACCAAUGAGGACGCGGAAGAGGCCGCAGAGGCCAUUAAAAGACAUGACAUUUCGAAUGCACCCGGAUUUCUUCCAGUUCCUAAACCUGAUUCGGGCAGAAAAAGAUCCCAUAAUCGUGUAUUUGGACUCACUUCCGGCGUCUCAAAGUUGUUUAAACGUGGAGGAGUAUUUGGCGAGCAUACGGACAAUGAAAGUGAAGCCUACCUGUCUUGGAAUAGAGCGCGUCAACAAAGAUACACCAAAUUUCGCGCCUCUUUUCAACCAACAAUGGAAACGACUCUUCUCAAUGUACAUGGUAAAAAACAUUCCUUGAUCAACGUUCCCUCGGGUUCGGAUGAUACUCAGAGUUUAAAAGGCACAGAGGUAGAGUCAUCGGUUCCUCUAAUCACUGACCCAAAUCCAGAUAGUUCGGGCAUGUCUCGAUCUGAAUUGCGAAAAGAAACACCUUGUCGGAGAUCAUCAUCCUCAGAGGUCACUCCUUCCAAAAACCCCGACGAUAUGAAAUUGGAAUAA